CUUUUCCCGGGAUCCCCUUUUCCCCGCCAUGACCACCAGUUUAUCAAAUUCCAACCGAGAUUAGGGUUUUUGGUUUCAAAGAAAUAUAUAUGGGAUAAGGGUUUCUUCUCAGACUGGUUCAAGACAAUCAUUUUAUUACCCUCAACUAAGAUCCGAUCCAAUACCCUUUUAUGCAGAAGCAGCUGCUGCUGCUGCCAGAUGAAUUCGUCGAAUUCUGUCUCAUUUCCCCCAAGCAUAAUCCGAUAUCAACCUCCGUUUAGAACUCGGCCUGUUUAGCUACAAUCUUCUUACAAUGGAUUUCUCUCCCGCCUCAACUCGAGCUCGCCGUAACCCCAGCUCCGAUAUCUACUCCACAUUUGUCGUCCACGACAGCAGCGCCGGGUCAGACCAUAAACGCCGCGGCGGAAUUAACUCCAGUGCCAGCGCCGGAGACGACGACCCUUACGCCACAAUGGUGAGGAAGAAAGACAAUCAGAUCCCAGACUUUGACGACGACGAGGAAGACGAUGCUUCUCUCCCUCCUUUACUCAAGCACCUUCCCAAGGACUUCGGCGUUAUUGACGACGAUGAAGACGAUAACUGGAACUACUCAGGGACAAUGGUGGUAAAGACCGAGAGAAGUAGUAAUCAGAAGAAACCGUUGUUUGAUAGGGAUGAAUCGAGCUCGAGGGAGGGAUAUGAUGACGAUGAUGAUGAUGAUGAGGAAGAUGAAGCUGGCGAUGGUGAUUUCUCCACUUUUGUUGUGAGACCUACUGGUAAGAAGAGAGAGUCUGUAUCCGGGACAGUUGUUAGGCGGACUAGUGGUGGUGUAGGGACUAACACGAUGAGUAGGGCGGUUGCAAGUAUGCAGGCCGCAGGUGCCUCUUUCCAUGAUGAUGAUAGUCGUUAUGUACAGCGAUCCAGUAAAGUUUCGUCAAGUUCCAUUCCUGAAAGUGUCACCAGAGAAGAUCCUUCUAUUAAGUACGAAUUGCUUAAUGAACUAGGCAAGGGCUCUUAUGGUGCUGUUUAUAAAGCAAGAGACUUGCACACUUCAGAGAUGGUUGCUAUCAAAGUUAUCUCAUUGACUGAAGGGGAAGAGGGUUAUGAAGAAAUCCGUGGAGAAAUUGAGAUGUUACAGCAAUGUUGUCAUCCAAAUGUAGUUCGAUACCUGGGAAGCUACCAGGGAGAAGAAUAUUUAUGGAUAGUUAUGGAGUACUGUGGGGGUGGUAGUGUAGCUGACUUGAUGAGUGUUACUGAUGAUCCACUUGAAGAGUGUCAAAUAGCUUAUAUUUGCAGGGAAGCGUUAAAGGGAUUAUCUUAUUUGCAUUCAAUUUUUAAAGUACAUAGAGAUAUUAAAGGAGGAAACAUUUUGUUGACUGAACAAGGAGAGGUCAAGUUGGGUGAUUUUGGGGUUGCAGCACAAUUGACAAGAACCAUGUCGAAGCGUAAUACGUUUAUUGGAACACCCCAUUGGAUGGCUCCAGAAGUUAUUCAAGAGAAUCGUUAUGAUGUAAAGGUGGAUGUCUGGGCUCUUGGAGUGUCAGCUAUUGAAAUGGCUGAGGGGCUUCCUCCUCGGUCCACAGUGCAUCCAAUGAGGGUUUUGUUUAUGAUAUCGAUUGAACCAGCUCCAAUGCUCUCAGACAAGGAAAAAUGGUCUCUUGUGUUCCAUGACUUUAUAGCUAAGUGCCUUACAAAAGAACCACGGUUACGUCCUACUGCAACCGAGAUGUUAAAGCACAAAUUUAUCGAAAGAUGCAAAUCCGGUCCAUCUGUGAUGUCGCCGAAGAUUGAGAAGGCCUGGCAGGCUAGAGCUUCUAUGAUAGAACAAACACAAAAUACUUCUCCGGGGACCUCCUUCAUACCAGGAGAAGAUGAAAUAGGAGGUCCAAAAAUAAACGUAGACUAUGGGGGUACGGUCCCAUCUAGGCCUCAAGAUGGUGGAUCCCAAGCUGCUGGAGCAGGAGGGUCUUCUAUGAGUAGAACCAUCAAACGGCCUAUGGGAAAUGUGACUGAAGGGGACUUCGGAACUGUUGUCAUUCAUGCGGGGGAUGAGAAAGGAGGAUCAUCCAUGCAAACAACAAUCCCUCGGGCAGGUCAAACUUCAUCCGGAUCACAACUUGUUGAAGCUCCCAUCAGUGGUGCAAAACGUGGUUCUACUGAUCCCAGGAUGCCAAAUGCUAUUGAAUCUGAAGCAAAGGGCCCAUCACAGUUUCUAGCUCAUCAAACAAUUAAAGUGUCUUCAUCUUCACCUGCAUCACAAAACCUUAGACUAGACAGCCUCGCUCAAGAACAGGUUGGAAUUGGCUCAACAGUAAGCGGUUCAUUGAAGAACGACACUGUCAGUAGAAGAGCUAUGGAUAAGCUUUGGUCAAUCUAUGCGGCUGGUAAUACCGUUCCUAUUCCAUUUUUGAGAGCAACCGAUAUUUCUCCCAUCGCCCUUCUAUCCGACAAUGUUCUUAAAGGUGGAGAGAUGACUACCGGAGGUUCAACUGCCAUGGAAGCAUUGCAGGAGCUUUUUACUUGCGAUGGCCAGCCAAAAAAGGGAAGAAGGGGACAAAACGAGGUGCCUCUUCCACCAAGCGUCUACAAGAGACUUACAUCAAGCUCUACAUUAAUGAAUCUCGCCCAGGCUUUGGCUUACCAUAAAUCGUGUUAUGAAGAGAUGCCACUUCAAGAGAUGCAAGCAUCAGAAGAGCAACAAACCACUCAGAAUCUUUCAGAUACUUUGAGAACUAUUUUACGCUUAUAGAUAUCUCAACUUUUUUUGUUGUCUUUCAAAAGAUUUGAUUUGCUCGGUCUCCCUAACUUGGUACAUAGAAGUCGGAAGAGAAUCACUACACCAACAUCAGCCAGUGCAGCUUGCACUUCUCCAAAUGAUAGAUCAUUCUCUAAAAUUAAAAUCUCAAAUUGUGUCUAAUUUUCUUAGUUUGCUUUGUAUAUUGUGGUGAUAGAAAAUAUUGACCCGUCAACUGUUUUUGUAAAGACAAAUGUUUAAUACCUGGUUUCAGAAGAAACAUUGUUUAUGUUAACACCUUCAUGAAUAUU